AUGCCUCCAGCUCUGGCCAACAAGUGGGCAGUCGCCACGAUAUCCCUGGGCCAGCACCCGUCGCACACGCUCGAGCGCAAGCUGCGCGCCGCCCGGGACCACGGCUUCCAGGGCGUCGAGCUCACCUACUCGGACCUCGCGCAGCACGCCGCCGCCCACGCCCAGCCCCUGCUGGCCUCGGCCGCGCAGGUCCGCGCCCUCGCCUCCGCCCUGUCCCUCUCCGUCAUCUCCCUCGCCGCCCUCAAGAACUUCGAGGGCAACCGCGCCGCCCCGCUGGCCGACCGGCUCGCCCUGGCGCGCGAGUGGGCAGAGGUCGCCGCCGCCGCGGGCGCGGGCUGCGUCCAGGUGCCCUCGCAGUUCCUGCCGGCCUCCGCGGGCGACGAGGACACGGUCGUGCGCGAGCUGCGGGCCCUGGCCGACCUGGCGGCGGGUUACGGGCUCGACGUCGCGUACGAGGCUGUCGCGUUCGCGGCGCACAACGCCCUCUGGCAGGACGGGCUGCGCAUCCAGCGCGCCGUAGGCCGGCCCAACUUCAAGCUGUGCAUGGACUCGUUCCACGUCCAUGCGCGUCUGUGGGGUGAUGCGUGCGCGUCGGACGGCCGGAGAGCCGGAGGCGGGGAGGUUCUGCGUGAGUCCAUGGCCGAGUUUGUGAGGGCGUGUCCGAAGGAGAGCGUCUUAUACAUGCAGCUGUCGGAUGCGUCCAGGUUCGACCCACCGCUCGCGAGGGACGAUCCUGCGCUCUAUGUGCCGGGGUUGGAAGUUCCGGACCCUCGCCUCCUCUGGUCCAGGACGCGGAGGCCUUUUCCUCUCGAGGAGCCCGGGUAUUUCCCCAUGGUGGAGAUCGCGCACGCGUGGCUCGUCGAGUACGGUUGGCAGGGCUGGAUGUCCCUGGAGGGGUUUCUGGCAGAGACCAAGGAUGAGCAGAACGGCCCUGAAGUGAUGGCUGCACGAGCUAGGAAGUCGAUCGAUAAUCUUCUGGGACAGCUUUCUCGCUCGUAA